AUGUCCAAGGCUUCUACUAAGUUGAUGAGUUUAUGGAGCGCCAUUGAUAUGAUUGAGAACCAAAUAAUUAGCAUUGUUUUCAAUGUGAUUUUGAUGAUUAUUGUGAAGAAAUGGCAAAAUGAACUUAGAGAUUACCAUGUGUUUCAUGUUGAAAGUGAGACCACACAAGCUCAAGAUACCGCUGGUCAAUCUAUAGAAAGAAGAAUUGCACCUUCGUCGUCAAAAAUGUCAAUGACAUCAAAGAGGUCCAGAUACAGCAUUAUCUCAGUGGUUGCCACCCCAGAUUUGCUACAUGAGGCAGCUAAUCAACACUUAACAUGGUGA